AUGACGUCGCACUACUUUUACAACUUCGAGUUCGUGUCCAACGACAACGCCAGCUACUUCGACUACUCUCUGCAAGACCCCACGGUCAUCUCCAGGUUCGUCUUGGAUGUCUCCGGCCAGGUGAGACAGCUCAUCUGGGUGCCGUCGGCCGACGAGUGGAUGAUCAUCUGGGCGGAGCCACACCAGCUCUGCGACGUCUACGCUGUCUGCGGCGCGUUUGGCGUCUGCGACGAGAAGAUACAGCGAGCUGAGGAGGGCGACCAAGAACUUCUCGGAGAAGCUCGGAGGCGCCUCCUCUGCGUGGGGGAGAAGCAGUUCAGGAACGAGGUGCGCACCAUCGGCAGGAUCCAGCACGUCAACCUCGUCCGCCUCCGCGGUUUCUCCUCCCACGGCAGCGAGCGGCUACUCGUCUACGACUACAUGCCCAACGGUUCGCUGGACAGGGCGCUUUUUGGGGGAGCUGCGGCGCCGCCGACGCUGAGCUGGAGCGCCAGGUUCCAGAUCGCGCUCGGCGCCGCCCGGGACUUGCUGUACCUCCACGAGGGUUGCCGGGACUGCAUCAUCCACUGCGACAUGAAGCCGGAGAACAUCCUGCUCGACGAGGACCUCGUCCCCAAGGUGGCCGACUUCGGCAUGGCGAAACUGGUGGGGAGGGACUUCAGCCGCGUCCUGACGACGGUGCGGGGCACCAUCGGGUACCUCGCGCCGGAGUGGAUCUCCGGCGUGCCCAUCACCGCCAAGGCCGACGUGUACAGCUACGGGAUGGUGCUGCUGGAGAUCAUAUCGGGAAGGCGGAACGCGCAGUGCUGGGUGACAACGGAGCACGGCGCGUCGCUGUCGUCAGAGUACUUCCCGCUGGUGACCGCGAGGAAUGUCAGCAAAGGGGCAGCGCUUGUCGCGCUGCCGGACGAGCGGCUGCAGGGGGACGCCGACCCGCGGGAGCUGGGACGCCCGCCAAGGCGCAUAGCCCGUCGCCGGCGGCCGAGCCGGCUGCCAAGAUCGAGACGAGACGAGAGAUGUGAGGGAUUAAAUGAAAAUUAUAUGUUAUACUAG